AUGGAACGUGAUGCAUCAAUUGUGAGGCAAUGGGGGGACAUGGACAUUAAUAUCUUAUUGAAGAUAUUCCUGCUUCUUGAUGUCUUUGAUCUGACUUCUAGUAUAGCCCAAGUUUGUUACAAAUGGCGUUUGGCUGCUCGUGAUCCUUUAGUGUGGAGAACUCUUGACUUAUCAAUGUUGAAGUCUAACUUCGUUGAAAUUCCAUCAAACCCAUAUGUGUACAUAGAUAAUGAUGCUGAUGAAACAUUAAAGCGAGUAUUAAAGAUUUCUUUGAAAUUAAGCAUGGGAAGCAUAGAGACUAUAAUUCUCCAUUCCAAUCUUUACAUCGACGAGGAUGAGUUGAUUUAUGCAGCAGAAAGGUCCCCAAAGCUAAAACGACUUGUCAUGCCUUCAUGGACUGGAACAAGGAUUGGAAUAUGCAAGGCUAUCCAAAUGUGGUCAGAUCUUGAGUUAAUGACAACGCGAAGCAUAACACCAACAUAUCUGAUGAAAGAAAUUUCCCAGAGCUGCAAGAACUUUUCUAAACUUAAGAUCAUGGGCCCUGUCAGCAUUUUCUUUGCAUCUGCAAUAGUUGCAUUUCUUCCAGGCUUGAAGGUUUUAAGCCUUCGAUGCUCAAGGAUUACAAAGAAAGCUCUAAUUAUUAUAUUGGAGGGCUUAGCAAAUUUGGAGGUGUUGAAUAUAUCACAUGCUAUCCUUAUCGAAUCCCCUCCACCUCCUGCACCAAAGAUUGAGCUCAAGGAGCUUGACCACUCAAUUCUUGAGAAGGCCUCUCGAUUACGUGAGUUUUUAACUUGUUCGAAAAACAAAUGCAAUUUGUGUUGCAGCACUAGAAACGAUAAAGACUUUUUUGGGUGGUCCAUGUAUCAAGAAGGGACUUGGAAAGAAGACGAGCUGAAAUCAUUUGCGCUUUGA